AAAUCUCAGUAAUUCGGGCUGUUUGACGACACUAAGCUAAAAGGAGAAAUGGAACCUCCGCCUGAAAAAUACCCUCCCCCUGGGGAGACCACGCCCAUGAUCGGCGCCCAACCUCCGGCCGUGGCUGUCAACUACGUCCAGCCUGCACCAGCAACGACCAUCAUCUCGUCACCAUGUGGAAUGACCGAGUGUCCCACUCAGGUUACCUGCCCAGCUUGUCAUCACAUCAUCGUGACCAGGACGACCUACACACCCGGCGCCCUCACCUGGGUUCUCUGCCUUGUCAUCUGCCUCUUCGGUGGAUUCCUCGGCUGUUGUCUGAUCCCAUUCUGCCUGGAUUUCUGCCAGGAUGUCGUCCAUUCCUGCCCGACCUGCAACUCUGUCGUUGGGAAAUACAAGCGGUUGUAAUCACGUACCAGUCGAUCCCACCGCUGACACCAAAAUUGUUUAAGGGGACUAGACACGACCUGCUUCCCUCUAUAAAAACAUUGCCAUCAUAAUUGAAUGUAUGGGGUAGCAUGCUCAACAAGGGCGCUUUAAAUACUACAACGGGGCUCAAAUAAAAAUACUUCGGCAAGGAUAACAAUUAGUUAGCUAAAUUGAAAU